AUGGUGAAAACUCUUCAAAAAGCUACAAAGAAAAUGUCACCAUCUCCAUCAUCAUCAUCAUCUUCAUCAACAUCUUCAUCAACUUCAUCAUCAUCAAUAAGGAUGAUGAAGAAGUACAAAGGAGUGAGAAUGAGAAGUUGGGGUUCAUGGGUUUCAGAGAUCAGAGCUCCUAAUCAAAAGACAAGGAUCUGGCUUGGCUCUUACUCAACAGCUGAAGCUGCUGCUAGAGCCUAUGAUGCAGCACUCCUCUGUCUCAAAGGCUCAUCAGCUAAUAACCUCAACUUCCCUGAGAUCUCAACUUCUCUUUACAACAUUAUCAACAAUGGUGAUAGCAACAAUGAUAUGUCACCUAAGUCCAUACAAAGAGUAGCUGCUGCUGCUGCUGCUUCAGACAAAACAGAUCUUUCUUCAUCAUCAUCAGUCUCUACUUCAUCUCCAUUGCUUUCUUCUCCAUCUGAAGAUCUCUAUGAUGUUGUCUCCAUGUCGUCACACUAUGACCAACAAGUAGUCUCCUUGUCUGAAUCAUCUUCAUGGUACAACUGUUUUGAUGGUGAUGAUCAGUUCAUGUUCAUUAAUGGAGUCUCCUCUGCACCAUGUUUACCACUUUCUGAUGAUUUCUUUGAGGAAGGAGAUAUCAGAUUAUGGAACUUCUGUUGA